AUGACCUUCCUGGACAAGAUCUCCUCACCUUUACAGGAGAACAACGAGAAGGCGCGGCUUGCAGGAGUGUUAACUGCUGAUGGAAACUACAAUGUACAACAAAUACAGGUCAAGGUUGAUUCACGCGGUGGAAAUAAGCAUUUAGAGCGGCGAGAAACAUUCCUGAAAGAGAUAGACCAGAGCAACGGCAUGCAUAAAGCAGCGGCAUACAACCUCCCGAAGUAG